CUGUUCACAGUCAACUUCGAUUUCCUUGUAUAUAUCAACACACAUUAAGAUAAAAACAAUAGCAAGAAACCCCCAAUCUCUAUCUUACCUAUAGUCCUUCAAUGGCGAAAACACCCGAAACAGAGCAUCCAGUCAAGGCACUCGGUUGGGCUGCCAGAGACACUUCUGGAAUCUUCUCCCCCUUCAAGUUUUCCCGAAGGGCAACUGGCGAGCACGAUGUGCAGUUCAAAGUUCUCUACUGCGGCGUCUGCCACUCCGAUCUUCACAUGGUUAAGAACGAGUGGGGUUUCACUCAAUACCCCAUCGUCCCUGGGCACGAGAUCGUCGGCGUGGUGACCGAAGUCGGCAGCAAAGUGGAUAAGUUCAAAGCCGGCGACAAAGUCGGCGUCGGAUGUCUGGUCGGGUCGUGUCGGGACUGUCCUCAAUGCAACGAAGAUCUCGAGAAUUACUGCGCCAAGCAGAUUCUUACAUACAGCUUUCCUUACACCGACGGCACCAUCACCUACGGCGGCUACUCCGAUCUCAUGGUCGCCGACGAGCAUUUCGUCGUCCGGUGGCCGGAGAAUUUUCCGCUCGACAUCGGCGCCCCUCUUUUGUGCGCCGGGAUCACCACGUACAGCCCGUUGAGGUUCUUCGGGCUCGACAAGCCCGGAUUGCACGUCGGCGUGGUCGGGCUCGGCGGGCUCGGCCAUGUCGCCGUGAAGUUUGCGAAGGCGUUUGGGACUAAGGUGACGGUCAUUAGUACAUCUUUGAGUAAGAAGGAUGAGGCCAUCGGUAAGCUCGGGGCCGAUAAUUUCUUGGUUAGCAACGACGCCGAGCAAAUGCAGGCUGCAGCCGGUACAAUGGACGGCAUCCUCGACACGGUGUCUGCGAUUCAUCCGAUCACGCCAUUGAUAAGCUUGUUAAAGCCGCAAGGUAGACUCGUUUUACUCGGUGUCCCGAACAAGCCCCACGAGGUUCCGGCUUUCUCCUUGAUUGCGGGUCGAAAGUCGGUGUCCGGGAGCGGGAUCGGCGGGAUGAAGGAGACGCAAGAAAUGAUUGAUUUUGCGGCGAAGCACAACAUCCUGCCGGACGUCGAGAUCAUCCCGAUCGACUACAUCAAUACCGCGAUGGAGCGCCUCCUGAAAUCCGACGUCAAGUACCGUUUCGUGAUCGACGUCGAAAAAUCACUGAAACCCGAAUGAGAAUGCAGUGUAAUGUUUCCCUUGUGUGUUUUUGGUAUGUUUGCUGCUUAAGAAUAAAGAGAGACACUACUUAUGCAUAUGCAUGCAAUAAUAUUACACGGCAUGUAAUGUUCUAGUUUGUUUGUAACAUUGAACUGGUUCUUUCAAAGUUCUUCACUUUUUCCAAAUUUAAAAUUUUUACUAUUUUCAA